UGAGGUGAAUUUUUUUUUUUUUUCCGUUAGUCGCGUCGCGAAGCAAAAAGACCGGCUACCGGCGUCGGCGUCGGAAACACGUGGGGCGAUUAUUGCAAAUGGACGCCAUGGCAGAACAAAUGGACGUGACUCCAGUAGUGACGGCGGCGAAGGCAGAGCAGAACCAUGUGGCACCCGUGCCAUGCAAGGAGGCAUGCCUCCAGGGGGAUGGGGGCGGGUGCGUGGCGGCGGCGCCAGGUGCCACGGGAGAGCCUUCUUCCGGGGUGUACUGCUGGCGGUGCCAGAAGGAGAUGACUGGCCUGACGACCUUCCGGCCCGAGGAGAUGACCUCCAAGGACUACUACUUCGACUCGUACGCCCACUUCGGCAUCCACGAGGAGAUGCUCAAGGACGAAGUGCGCACGGCCACCUACCGCAACUCCAUGUACCACAAUAAGCACCUCUUCAAGGGAAAGGUGGUGUUGGAUGUCGGCUGCGGGACGGGCAUUCUCAGCAUGUUUGCUGCCAAGGCGGGUGCUGCGAGGGUGUUUGGGAUUGAGUGCUCCGGAGUGGUGGAGCAUGCGGAGCGGAUCGUGCGUGAGAACAACCUGAGCAACAUCGUAACCAUAGUGAAGGGUAAAGUGGAAGAGGUAACCCUGCCCGAAGGGCACGAAAAAGUGGACAUAAUCAUCUCCGAGUGGAUGGGCUACUGCCUCUUCUACGAGUCGAUGCUGGAUACCGUGCUGUACGCCCGUGACAAGUGGCUGAAACCCGGAGGCCUGAUGUUCCCUGACCGAGCCACGCUGUUCCUGUGCGCUAUUGAGGACAGGCAGUACAAGGAUGAGAAGAUCAACUGGUGGGACAGCGUGUACGGCUUCAACAUGAGCUGCAUCCGCAAGGUGGCCAUCUCGGAGCCCCUGGUGGACGUGGUGGACCCCAAGCAGGUGGUCACCAACGCCUGCCUUCUCAAGGAAGUGGACCUGUACACCGUGCGGGUGGAAGACCUGUCCUUCACAUCCCCGUUCCACCUGCAAGUCCGGCGCGACGACUACAUCCAGGCGUUCGUGACUUUCUUCAACGUAGAGUUCACCAAGUGCCACAAGCGCACCGGCUUCUCCACAGCACCGGAGGCUGCCUACACGCACUGGAAGCAGACGGUGUUUUACUUUGACGACUACAUGACGGUCAAGAAGGGAGAAGAAAUCUCUGGGGUGUUCAGCAUGAAGCCCAAUCCAAAGAAUAAGAGGGACUUGGACUUCAGCAUAGACGUGGACUUCAAGGGCGACCUGUCGGAGCUGUGCGAGAGCUUUGCCUACCGAAUGCGCUAAAUGCGCCGCACCGUCUGCCGAAAGAGGAAAAGAAAAAUGCAUUGCCGACUCCAAAACCCCUGCUCCUCUUACUAUCUUCAGCUGUUCGGGCGUCCCAUUACCCAGGCUGGAAUCACGCGCGCAACCGUUCGUUGUUUUUUUUUCCUUUGUGGCUAGUCCUUCCUUGAUGCUGGAUCGUCUUUCAUAUCUUUGCCCCAUUCUUCCUUUUUUUUUUUUGUCGGAGAAUUGCAGUAAAUGCAUUUUUAAAUGCUG